GCAAAGUACAUAUAUAUAAUAUAGGGUUAAUAUAUUUCUCUGGCCCGAACUUUCCACAAAUUUAACAUCCUGGCCAAUCCUUUGAGUAAUUAAUAUCGUGGCCUGAACUUAUCAUAUACUUUACUAAUUUAGCCAAUUCCGACCUUUGACCGUUAGUUCUGACGGUCAAGCCCGUUGACUAACGGUCAACCCGCCACGUCAUCGCCAACUAAGCAUCUUUUAACCUAAAAUAAUCUGAUUUUUCACAUAAUCCCAUUUAACUUUUCGUUUUAAACAAAAUUUAAAAAAAAAAAACCCUCUCUCUUAAAUCGCAGAACAAUUGCCCCACCCCCAAAUUCGAAUACCCUAAUUCCCUUUCCCUCUACUCUCCAUUUCAUCCCCGACAUCUAGCAUCGCCGUGGAAAUAGCAGCGGCGGCCGGUUCCUAUGCGUCGUCGCCGACCCGUCUCUUUCGCCGCCGUGCCAUCUCUGUUGCCGCCGUACCAUCUCUGAACCCCAAGACGUUGAAGCAUGUCGAGGAAAAGCGGUAAAAUCGCCGGCGAGGUUUCCACAUCUUCCGGAUCGACUAACACAACCACGAUCUGGUUGCUGUGGUCCCUUGCUUGUGUGGCCCCGUCGUCGUCGCUUUCUCCCACCCGCUCUCAAUCGACAGAAACAAGAACUGGGGGCGACAGCGACAACUCGAAAUCUUCAAAUGGGUUCGGGGAGUGGAAGGGAAUUGAAUCGGAGUUUGAGGAGGGAACGGAAUCGACUGCGGCGGCGACUUUACAGGACCGGCCGCCGCUGCGACUUCAUCGAAGGAUGGAGGGAGAAUGGGUUCGUCGGAGGGGAAGGUUUUCGAAAAUAAGUGGCUGGGGUGAAAUGGUAGGGAAUACAAAGCGUCCUGAUAAGCUUUUUUUUUAAUUUUGGUUAAAUGAAAAGUUAAAUGGGAUUAUGUGGAAAAUCAGAUUAUUUUAGGUUAAAAGAUGCUUAGUUGGCGAUGACGUGGCGGGUUGACCGUUAGUCAACGGGCUUGACCGUCAGAACUAACGGUCAACGGUCGGAAUUGGCUAAAUUAGUAAAGUAUAUGAUAAGUUCAGGCCACGAUAUUAAUUACUAAAAGGAUUGGCCAGGAUGUUAAAUUUGUGGAAAGUUCGGGCCAGAGAAAUAUAUUAACCCUAUAAUAUAUGUAAACUGAAUUAUUAAACAGGAAACUGAAGCAAGAAAAAAAAAGCUAUAUUAAUAAUGUUUAGUUAAUCCUUCUCUUGCUUGUGUUUGUUGCUCCUAAUGCAGUUAUGAGGGUGUUUAGGGUUUGGAGUAGCAUAAUCAUGAUCGUGAUUUUGUUCUAUUUGAAGAAGGUGGAAAGAAGAAUGGAGGAUUUAUAAACGUAUUUAUCGAUAAUUUGAAAGGUGGUGUGAUCAUUAGAACAUGAUUGUGGAUCUUGUACCACGGUCUUAAACUUUCUAUCAUCGAACAUCGAUUUCAGAGAGGUUAUACUAUAUAUUCGCACAAAAUCCUCCGUGAUCAUAUAAAUACACCUUAUCAACACAUAUAUAUUGCUCAGAACCCAUCCAAAAAACAUCUUUCACAAUCACACGCCAUAUCAAUGCAAACGGAUGACAACCUACAUUCCUGCCUAUUUAUUGUCAGUCAGUGGCGGACCUAAGGCAAGGGAGGGUGUGUAGUCCGACACACUCUCGCUCGAGAAUUUUGUGAAGGACCUACAUAUUUUUGGUACAAAAUUUUUUAUUUCGAGAUAACCGACACACCUUCAAUAAUUAUAGCCGACACACUUUCAUUAUACUCGAAGAAUUUAUUAUCCGAAUGAAUCGGUCUUAAUCAUGGUAUUUUUUUUACAUAAUCUUCACAUAAUAUAAGGUGUGUUUUGUUGCACUUGCACCUUCCCAACAAAGGAGCAUAGAGAGGGCAAGUCAGCGGCAUCUGUAUGUUAGAAUAAAGUUUUCAACUUUUAAUGAUUGCAAAGAGCCAAUUACAAAACAGAAGUGUCAAACUCGAGCUAGCUGUUAGAUUCCUUAAUACCCUUUGCCCUUUAAACUGUAAAUAAAUCUGUUAUGAAGAUACGCAGCAAUACUUUUUAUAAUUUUUAUUAUUGAGGAUGUGAUUCAAAACUUGGACAGUAGCUGUUAAAAAGAAUAGGACAUGUAGUCUUGAUCUGAUCCUUGCUUGGCGGAUGUAAGGGGGAGUGAAUUCCCUUGUCCAAGAUCUCGAUUUUUUUCGAAACGCCUUUUCGAUCUCUUUCUCGGUAUCGAUAUACCUUUCGAAUAAAUGAGAUUAAUGACA